UCGAGCCCAAGCCAACGCCCCCCUCCUCCCCUUCCUCUAACGAAUAAUGGAGCAGACAAACGUGAUAGAGGACGACGGGACGUGAGCGAGUGAGAGAAGAAAGAGAGAGAGAAGAGCUUGGACGAAACCUGUCUUCUAUGUCUUCUCCUCCUCCUCCUUCUUCUUCGUUGUUGAGAGAGAGAGAGAGGAAGGGAGGGAGAGAGGCAAGAUAUCCGUCGAGAGAAGAAGAGUCGGACAUUCCUUCAGAUUUGAGCUGUUGAGAGAGAAGGCAGCCCUUCGCUGCAGAAGAGAGUGGGCGAUGAAUAACAUUACGACCUCAUCGGUAUGUCGCCGUUUCCGGUUUGCUCGGAUCCAUCCAUCCAUCUCUCUGCUGAACUCUGAACCAGCCGGAAUCUCCAAUACACCUGUCUGUCGUCUAUUGAGGGAGAUCCGAGGAAUUGGUGGAUUGGAUUGAGGGAAUCCAAUUGUGAAUGCAUGUUUUGUUAAUGGAGGACGAAAGAUGUUUAUUAUCGAUUCGAAUGUAUCUUACUCCUGCUUUUACGCAAAAUGGAGGAUUCACAGCUGCAAGAAUUUUCAACUGGCGUGAAAUUUCUCGAUUUUGAGUGCUUUCGUGCUUUCAUUCCGUUCGUUGCGAUUGUCGAAUUCAUAGUUCUCACAUUGUCUAGCUGCUUCGAGCACCGCCCUCGGCACAAGAAGAAAUGCCUGUACGGGUUCAGAGACCUUGCUAGCCUUGCUGAUGAGACAAACUUUACUGUAAAUGAAGUGGAGGCAUUGUACGAGCUGUUCAAGAAACUGAGUAGCUCAAUCAUUGAUGAUGGUCUAAUUCACAAGGAAGAGCUCCAAUUGGCGCUGUUCCAAACUCAAUCAGGCGAGAAUCUUUUCCUCGAUCGGGUUUUUGAUCUUUUCGACGAGAAGAAAAAUGGUGUGAUUGAAUUUGAAGAAUUUGUCCAUGCGCUCAGCAUUUUUCACCCUUACGCCCCAAUCGAAGACAAAAUUGAUUUUGCAUUUAAGCUGUAUGAUCUGAGACAAACCGGGUUUAUCGAGCGAGAAGAAGUCAAACAAAUGGUAGUUGCUAUACUAAUGGAGUCUGAGAUGAGACUGUCUGAUGAUCUUCUCGAGGCUAUUAUUGACAAAACAUUUGCCGACGCAGAUGCUGACAAGGAUGGCAGGAUCAACAGAGAUGAGUGGAAGGCUUUCGUGCUUCAAAACCCAUCUAUAUUGAGGAACAUGACUCUGCCUUAUCUAAAGGAUGUCACAACCGUGUUUCCGAGUUUUGUUUUCAACACUGAGGUCGAAGACUGAGAAUUUGUUCGCCCUACUAAGGGCAGUUUGUCAGAAAACUCAAAUGCUCUGAACAGGACCAAACCAGCUUCAAGUUUUAGGAUGGAGCAAGAUUUGUGCAUAUCUGCCGCAUUCAUCUCAUGCUUUGCCCGAUCACUGGUUUUCAGUAUCAUCCCGAGGUACAGAUCAGUUGGGCAUUGCUCAGCUGUGCCCAGGCGACACAAGGCGGGGAAAAGUAACUUUCUGGGUGACGUCGUGGGUUAUUGAGAAGUACCAUUUAGUGUAGGAUGAUGAUUAUAAUUAGUUUGGCAGUAGAGCCCACAUUUUUGUCGCAAGAGAGCAUCCUUUUCAAUUCUCUCUUUCCCUUUGGUACAUUGUAUAUAAAUUUUGGUCCCUUUGUUAGUUGGGAUCGAUUGCUUUAUUACUGUGUAGAGGUUAAUCUAUAACAAGUUCUGUAUGUUUUCUUCAACUUUUGUUAUUCAUCAGAAAGAGAAUCGCCAGAUGUCAAUUCUUUAUGGA